AUGCAUUUCGCUUCCGUCAUCUUGACCAGUAUCCUUGCGGUUGCCGCGAGCGCCCAGGAUGCUACAACUAGCGCGGCUUCCUCUGCUGCCACAUCCAGCCUCACGGCCGAACAACAAAAGUGUCUCGGCGCGUGUGACGCCGGGGAUGUCAACUGUAUUGCCCACUGCACGCCUGUUCCUAGCCCGAACGAGGAUAAUUUGACGAAACUCCACGAAUGCGUAGGCAAAUGUGAUCAAGGUGACGGCACUGAAAGCGCCACCCAAGCAUACAGCAACUGCGUCCAGACUUACUACGAUCCCGAAAUUGGAACCCCUAAUCAGCCCGGUGCGGGCUCAAGCUCUGGGUCUGGCUCUAAUUCCGGUUCUGGCGACAACUCGAGUGGCGGUGACUCGGAAUCUGGUGAUGCUACCGGGACUGGCUCAUCCGCGCAGAGCACCGACUCCCCUGGGGCUGCUGCUGGUCUGAUUGCUUCGUCUUCCUUCGGCCUAUGUGGUCUUCUCGCGGCCAUCGCUGCUUUCUAG